AUGGAACCUCAAAAACGAGCCCAAUACUCAAAACUCUUCGAUGCUGAAGAACUUGAGGAAAUAUUGAUGGAAGAUGAAUCUGAUGAAGAGUUGGAAGAACUCGAUGAGGUCAUUGAACCUCGCGAGCAUAUGUCGUCAUUAUCAUCAUCAUCCUCAAAUCUUGGUACAAGAAACAAACAGAUAUUUUCGUCAAUUUUGGCAAGCCAAGAUGCUCCAGGCCCUUCUGCUCAACCGCCUGAUGUCACAAUUAAAGAAAUGUCAACAUUUUUGGCCAUAAUAAUGCAAAUGGGCCACAAUCAGUGGGACACCCUGAAAGAUUAUUGGUCAAGAGAUGAGCAGUACUACACUCCAUUCUAUCAUAACACCAUGGUACGCGACCGUUUCUUCCAUAUUUUGAGAUUCCUGCAUUUUGAGAAUAAUGAAGCUCCUCCAAAUCGAGAUGACCCAGAGAACGAUAGGCUCUGGAAGAUUAGAAAAAUUUUCAACAAUCUUAGCAGCAAAUUUUAUGAACUUUACCAUCCAUCGGAACAUCUUGCUGUUGAUGAAGUGAUAGUGCUGUUCAAAGGAAGAGUGGUUUUUCGGUAG